AUGAGCGAUUUAUUAAGAGAGCCUUAUCUACAUCAUGAGUAUGUUGGGAAGUUUCAGGAUGUGAUGGGUAGGAAUAUGGCUAGGCCUGGAGAACGUUGGUCUGAGACGUUGAUGAGAAGGGCAGAGGAAGCGGUUUUGGUUACUCGGAUUAGAGAGGAGCAGCAGAGGUUAGGUGUUGCAGAGAGUGAUUGGAUUGGUAAUGAGAAGAUGGAGGAAUCAGAAGAAGAAGAAGAAGAGGAAGAGGAGGAAGAAGAGGAAUCGGAAGAAGAUGAAGAAGCGAAGAAUCCUACAGAAGCUAGCUCAAGCCUUGAACAGGUUACGGAUAUCAAUGGAACAUUGCAUGAUAGAGAACAUAACAACAAGGCAACAACCGUCUUACCGCCGGAGGAGAUGCAAGAUAUGAUGGAGCAGUUCACAUCAAUCAUGCAACAGAAGUUCUUAUCGGGAGAAGAUCAUCAACAUUUGGAUUACACAAAGAUAGACAAUGACGAGACUCUUGAUGAUCAUUGGCUUCGAGAGAUUGGCCUUGACGCUGAAGAUAAGUACUUUGGGUGA